GCAGCUUGUGUCAGCUGGAAAAGACAUAGAAAGCAUUUACUGGGAACUUGUUAUAAACGAUAUUCAAGAUGCAUGCAAACUUUUUGAACCUAUUUAUGAUCAAACAGAUGGUGGUGAUGGUUAUGUAUCUGUUGAAGUCUCUCCUAGACUUGCAAAUGAUACCAAUGGAACUAUUGAAGCUGCAAAAUGGUUGCACCAAGUGGUUAAUCGUCCCAAUGUCUACAUAAAGAUCCCAGCUACUGCAGAAUGUGUUCCUUCAAUUAAAGAAGUAAUCUCAAAUGGUAUAUGUGUCAAUGUUACACUGAUCUUCUCACUAUCAAGAUAUGAAGCAGUCAUUGAUGCUUAUUUGGAUGGCCUUGAGUCUUCUGGUUUGGAUGACCUGUCUAGGCUUACCAGUGUAGCUUCUUUUUUUGUCAGCCGUGUAGACACCCUUAUAGACAAGAUGCUUGAAGAAAUUGGGACAACUGAAGCUCUUGAUCUCCGAGGCAAGGCUGCAGUGGCUCAAGCAGCUUUGGCAUAUAGUCUCUAUCAAAAGAAAUUUUCUGGUCCAAGAUGGGAGGCCUUGGUAAAGAAAGGUGCGAAGAAGCAAAGAUUGUUGUGGGCAUCAACCAGUGUUAAGAAUCCUGCAUAUCCUGACACUUUGUAUGUGGAUCCUCUCAUUGGACCUGACACG